AUGCUCAAUAUGUCUGCCGUGGGCAAUAGAAACAGCACUCCUGUCGAGUCGAACAGCUCCUCCCUUCGACCUCCACGCACUGGUGCCAUAGGUUCUAACAACCAUCAUCUUCGUGCAUCUGCAGACAUGGCUGCCUUCUCUGCCGCUCCUUCCUCGAGACCAAUCCGACCAUCGUCAGACUUCUAUGGAACUCAACAAGGCCAGGGACAAGGAGGAGACAAUGAUGCGUCAGACAAGAUAGCUCAACAGUGGAUUGCGGACAUUGACCAGUAUGAAACCACAUUAGAGGAGAUGGCCGCUGCAACUCUUGAUCAAGACUUCAAGGAUGAGUUGAGCGCCAUCGAGCAGUGGUUCCGAGUGCUGAGCGAAGCUGAACGUACUGCUGCUCUUUAUGCUCUCCUUCAACAGACAACUCAAGUCCAAAUCCGCUUCUUCAUCCAGGUCCUGCAGCAAAUGGGGAAAAAUCAUCCAAUGUCGGGAGUUCUGUCCCCUGCAAACUUUGACAAAGAUCCUAUGUCGAACCGCCUCAGCGACGCUAUGGGCAAGCUCAGUGUUGAUGGCUCGAGGAACUCUUUGACCCGACCUCCCCCAACUCCCGCUGCGAAAAGACAUUCUGGACUUGACCCAUCUACAAUCAACGCUAUGUUCCCUGAUGCUGCAGCCGCUAUUGCUACCGAAAAGGCGAAAUUCACCCAGCAAACUGGCGCUCCACCAUCGUCCAACCGGAACAGUGCUGCCUAUGACCCUCGAUCGUCCCUCACAGCACCUACAAUCUCUGCCCCAGCCGAUGGUGACAACAGUGGAGUUCCACCUUCCCCAUGGGGUUCUCGUAGCAACGACCAGGCUUCUAGGCCCAAGUCUUCGUCCGGACAACCACCUAUGGGCCAAUUCAUGCAACCAGCUCCAUCCGCUGCUCUUCGUUCGCCUUCUGGAGGCAAGAUCACGGGAAACACUAAUUUACAAAACACGACGAUCUCUGCUCCAGACAACCAGGGGCAAGAUAUGCCGCUUCUUUCCCCUUACAACGCCGGGAAUGGUAACUGGGCUUCGAUGGUCAACACUCCAAUGGUUCCGAGUUUCAACCAGGGUGGUUCGUCACAGGCUGACAUGGUUGCAAAUGCUACUGCUAUGAAGUUGGCUGCUCUCUCAACAGUCAACAACCGAUUCGCUUUAGAUGACGUUCGCAAGUAUCGCCGUGCUAGGUCGAAUGAUGGCGGACAGGGUCCCCUCUCCCCAGGUCUUCAGAGCAACAUGCCAGGUGCCAAUGUUGUUAUGAUCAACGAGCAUGGUCAAGUCCUAUCAAGAGAACAGAUCAUUGCACUUCAAGCUCAGCAAAACGCCGCUUUCGGCCGACGAUCUCGACCCAGUUCGCCAGGUUUGGCGAUGCAAGGUGGUGGUUUCGGCCAGAUGGGCUUUGCUUCGCCUCAGAAUAAUGGUUUCCUCGCGGCUUAUGACGGCACUUCGCCGCUCAUGAAUAACGGCAUGGGAUCUCUUAAUGUUGGCACUUUCGGUAUGGGUGGAGGGCAUGAGGGCUACGUUUCCGAUCACAGUGAUAUGAAUAGGGGUAGAUCUCCACGCGGUAGACGUGGUAGCUCGAAACCUCCGGAGGAUCCAACUGACCCCAGCUUGCUUCAAGACAUCCCCAGCUGGCUGAGAAGUUUGAGACUCCAUAAGUAUACUGAAAAUCUCAAGGAUAUGAACUGGACUGAGCUAGUGGAGUUGGAUGAGAAGGCUUUGGAGGAGAGAGGCGUGAAUGCUCUCGGUGCCCGGAGAAAGAUGCUGAAGGUCUUCGAGCAAGUCAAGGAAGCCAAGGCGGAGGGAAAACUUGCGUGA